AUGUGGGGCUUUAUCACAGACUUCUUCACCUAUGAGACAACCAAGUCAGUGGUGGUCAAGAGUUGGCUGGUCGGAACCAUCAAUCGUCUGGUGCAACUGCUCAUCAUUAUCUACUUUGUCUGUUGGGUGUUUUUGCAUGAGAAGGCUUAUCAAAUUAAAGACACUGGGAUUGAAUCAGCAGUCAUGACCAAAGUCAAGGGAUUUGGUCGUUACAACAACCGUGUGAUGGAUGUGGCAGACUAUGUAGUUCCUCAACAGGGUACUGCAGUAUUUUGCAUCAUUACCAGACUCAUCACGACACUAAACCAGACACAAGGAUUGUGCCCACAGUAUGGCAAGAACUACAGAUGCACCCGUAACUCUGACUGUGACAAACAUCUGAGAUCACAUCUGGCAAAUGGUAUUUUUACUGGACAUUGUCUGACAGAGGAUGGACAGUGUGAGAUUGAAGGCUGGUGUCCUACAGAAAAUGAUACUAUCCCGGCGGAUUAUAUGGAAGAGGUCGAGAACUUCACCAUAUUCAUUAAGAAUAGUGUUCGCUUUGCCCUCUUCGACAUCACCAGGGGAAACUUCCCUCCCACUAUUGACAUCAACUGUAUGUAUGAUCCUGUUACCAACCCUUACUGUCCAAUCUUCAAAGUGGGAGACAUACUCAAAUAUGCGAACGAGAGCUUCAGCGCAAUCGCUAAUAAGGGUGGCCAGAUUGGUAUUCAUAUUAGAUGGAUAUGUAAUUUUGACCAACCUGUGGAAAACUGCAAACCUACCUUCUCCUUCACAAGACUGGAUGAAGCGUUUGAAAAUAGCAAUGUUUCCAAAGGUUACAACUUCCGGUUUGCAAAAUACUACAUGUCACCUGAUGAAGAGGAGUAUCGUACACUUCACAAGGCCUUCGGCAUCCACUUUGAUGUUAUGGUCUCUGGCAAUGCUGGAAAGUUUGACGUGAUCCCAACUCUUAUCAACAUAGUGGCAGCUUGCACCUCAGUAGGACUGGCAACUGUCCUGUGUGAUAUCAUUCUUCUAAACUUUCUAAGAGGGGCAGAUCGGUACAAGGCAAAGAAAUUUGAGGAGGUCUCUGCGAGAGACAUAAUUGCUGGGGUCCCAAGUCAAAGCCAAAGUCAAAGCCAAAGUCUUCAAACGCUCAGAAAUGAGGGGAAGAGCUCAGACGAUUCUGGAUCCUUCUCUAAUGGUCGGCAGCGACAAUGA